AUCAGGACCAAGCUCAAUAACAGACAUGCUGCUGCCUCUAGUGUUUUCCCAAAGCAACUUUUGGGAGUGGAUCUGGAAAUCUCCCAGUUUGGACUGGAAACCCGUUUGCUCUUCUAAGCUUAAACUUCUUAGGGACCCUCAAGAUGGAUUAAUUAGCCAGUCUCAGAAAGAGACUGGAGACAAAAGAGUGGUUUCUGAACAAUCAGCUUCCAUCUAGGAGUGACUGGCCAUCCAUCUACACAGAAACAGGUGGGGCUGGACAUACCUCGUGGUCCUGCCCUCAGAUUAGUCACUGGCCUGUCCCCACCGCCCAAGGUGCCGAAUAAUGCUGAGUGACCUUUGCCAACUGCCAGCUCCUUCCUCUUCUUCAGAGGGCCGGCCCUCCUAUCCCUUUGUGAGACCUAGAAAGGUGUGUCACCUCCCUCUUUCACUUCACCAAACCCAGGGCUGGGAGGGUUUACUGUCAGCUUCCCCCUUAGGGUGUGAGGAGCAGGGAGCCACUCACUGCCUGGCUGGACCAGGCUGCUACUACUGCUGCUGCUGUGGGGGGCUCGGCUGGCCCGGGAUCUAGGAUGGAAUGGAACUUCCUCCUGAAGCAUUUGCUGGUUCUGACUGUAUUUUUCAUAUUUACCUCUGGGGCAGAUAUGAGCAGCACCUUUACGACCAGCAUGACAAGCAAGCUUGGCCCAGAAGCUACAUCUUCCUUCACCACAACCCACCUUAAGCAGUCAAGUCCAGACCCUGGUGGGAGCCAGUCCACUCUCCCGAAUGCUUCUGCAACUAAAUCUCUGGAUCCAGGCACACCUGUCACUUCAUUUCCCAUGGGGGUCAGCCCAAACUCAACAGCUCCCAUGUCCGUGGAGCCAUCUAAAUCUUCAUCUAUGAGGACUAACAAGACUUCCCCAUCAUCCCCUCCCACUUCCAAGGUCGCAGGCACUGGGACAAGUAUAUCUGUUACUCCAGCCCCGAGGUGGGGGGAGAGCUCAUUGUCUCCGGGCCCCAUGUCCAGCAGAGUGGUCCCCAGCAUUCCCCCGGUCACAUCUUCUCCCCACCAGGGCUCCAGAAUAGAUGUCACAUCUGACAGAGUGACAAGCACAGACCUGCUUUGGUCUACUCCCUUAGCUACGACUCCCUUGAAGGUAGAUUCUAGCCCCACUGAGACAAUUCCCUCUAGGCUGUAUGAGCUCACAACCUUGACAACAAGAACCGUGGUAGAGAGUGUACCCCCCUCCAAAGUCACGUCAGUCCCUCCAUUGUCAAGGACCUCGGCUUCUGGCAGCAGUGCUCUGCGGGCAGAGAUGAAUAUGGCUACCUCUGCAGAAGGCCCUCCUUCCCAGGCAAGGAGCUCUCCCUCCCUGGAUCCUACUCCAUUUCAGAAGCCUUUGUCUUCUGGAAUCUUCCCUGAAACGACCGCCCAUAUGUCUUUGGGCCCAGUUUCAUCCAGCUUUCCCACUUCCACUCCUCUUGCAUCCUGGGCAAGCACAGCAUCUCCUGAUGCUAUGCCAUCUCAGGGGGCCACUGGGACAGCCAGCAUCACUGCAGGAUCAGAGGACACUGCAGGAGCAUCCACGCAAGCUAUCAUUACCUCUAUGGCCGCUAACCAUCUGGUCUCUCACCCACAAGAGACCACAGUGAGAGUGGGCAGCACCCCGAAAAAAGAGACAGCUCCUGAUUCCACUCCUUCUACCUCUCUGCUGUUGACAAGUAACAAAGCAGGUACGCUGCCUCUCUCAAGAACUAGUGAUCAGACACCUUCGACAAGUAACCUUCUGGCAACAGUAUCCACUGCCAACCCCAUGGGUUCAGAAAAGGGUUCAUUGGAAACAUCCAAACUAGUGACCACUCCUCCGAUGGACAAGACACGUGCAGUAGAGACAACAGCCUCAUCCUCCCUCGAGACCCCAGCCACAGAGAACAGUGUUUCUGAAGCAGGAACAGACUCUACUGUUCCAGCCAACCCCACCCUCCUUAUAAGCACAGUAUCCUCCUCAGAUACCCCGGGUCAUUUGGGUACAGACGAACCAACAAGUGACCCUUUAGAACCUGUGAACACCUCCAAUCCUCUGGAGACCUCAGUGGAGACAGUGAGUGGGGAGACAGAUCCUGGCUCUACCACUCCUCAGCCAACCAAUGUCCCUGAGUCCAUCUCUACGAGCAGCCAUGGAUCUGGGGCACCCACAGAAGCCCCUAUGCCAACUGAGAUAUCUACCCAAGUGACCACAAGACAUGAAGACCUUUCUCAUACCCCACUAAAGCCCACUGUUGCUCCAGGUUCCAGUCCCCCCUUAGAGGCUAGCACACUUGGGAUAGUUUCCUCUAUUCUCCCUGAGACAAUUUCCUCUAUCCUCCCUGCAGCCAACCCAACUGCAGGUAUGAUCACUGGAGAGAUCAAUCCACCAGUUCCCACAUCAUUGUCUACUCCAGUUGAUUCCUUGUACAGUAAAGUUUUUGGUGGAGGAGUGGGAACAAGUCCCAAAGUCACAUGGAUACAACCUACUUCAACUGUGAUGAAAACUACGUCUCCAACCCCAGAGAGGUCAAAGUCCCAGGCAAGAAGUGAGCUGAGCUCCUCUACCCUGUCUCCCAUUGCCCUGAGUGAUGUCCCAAUAGCUGUUGGAGGAGACAUAGGCAUAACUGUGCCAUUUACAAAAACAGCUACCGAGGGUAUGGUAGUGAUGACAUCCAGCACCUUCUCUAAGCCUGAAGAAACAUCCCAUACCGUUCAAAGUCCACACCCGAGCUCCUUGGACUCUCCAUCCAUUCCCUGGACUGAGAGAGCAACCUCUUUGAGUGUAGAAAAGACUCUCUAUUCCAGGGCUGUCCAUAGGCCCUCGAGCUCAUCUGACACCACAACCAAGACACAGACCAGCAAAGAUGCUGCUCCAUCUACUGAAUCCACUGAAGUCUUGGUUGAUCAGGAAUCAACUAGCCCAAUUCUUGUCACCAGCGAAAAAACACUGAAAAGUAUAAAUGUGACCUCCGGAGCCACUCGAGUGAUUGAAGCCGGCACAGCAGGGAGAACUUCAUUCUCAGAGACCAGCUUACUCUCAUUCCCAGAGUCCUCUGAUUCUACUGAGGUCAGAACCAGUCUCACGACAAGUUCUACCAGAAGACCCAGCUCUGAGACAGACCUGUCUUUUGGCGUCUCCAAGUCAGAGGAGUGGGGCUACUCGACAUCUCCCCCCACAUCCUUUCUAUCUGUGGACGCAUUGACAUCUGUUGUCAGUAAUGGAGCAGAAGUGACAGAAGCUUUUUCUCCAACUGCUGGCCCCACGGGGAUCACCACUUCUGAAAAAGUCAUCAGCUAUCUGGGACUUGGAGCCACCACUGUAGGGAGCCUUGGGUCUGGGGCGCCUACAGGGACCAUCUCAACUUUGGGAGGAACCACCGCACAAGCUGAGACAACUAUCCAAGUGACAAGACAUGAAGACCCUUUUCAUCCCCCACUUAAAACCACUGUUGCUCCAAGUUCCAGCCCUCCGCUGGAGACUAGUACACUUGGGACAGUUUCCUCUACUUCCCCUUCAGCCUCCCCAGCAGAAGAUCCAAUGACUGGCGAGUUUCCCCACUCAGUUUCCACGCCAUUGUCUACUCCAGCUGAUGCCUUGUACACCAAAAUUUUUGGUGGAGGAGCGGGAACAAGCCCCAAGGUCACAUGGAUACAACCUACUUCAACUCUGUUGAAAACCACAUCUCCAACUCCAGAGAGGUCAAAGUCCCAGGAAAGAUCCGAGUUGGGCUCCUCUCCUCUGCCUCCUAUUGCCCUGACAAAUGCCCCAGUGGCUAUUGGAGGAGACACAGGCUCGACUGUGGCAGUCACAGAACAGACAGCUGAAGACAGGACAGCAAAGAUAGCUGUCACCUUCUCGGAGCUGCCAGAAACAUCUCUGACCACUCAGAGUCCACGCUCCAGCCCCUUGGACCCUCCAUCCAUUCCCUGGACUGAGGGGAAUGCAGAAAAGACUGUCUAUUCCAGGGCUGUCCAUGGGCCCUCCAGCUCAUCUGACCCCACACCCAAGGCCCAGAACAGCAAAGAUGCUGCUCCAUCUACAACAGCCCCAGAUGAACAGGCGUCAACAAGCUCAAUUUUUGCCAGUCGAGGAAAAACACAGAAAAGUGCCAGUGAGUCCUCAAUAAGCCCCCUGGUGGCCAAGGGAGGAACAUCAGACACAGAGACGGGCUCAGAAUUCAUCGAUUCCUUCUACACAAAAGUUUUUGAAGGAGGGUUGAAAACCACCCCCCGCAGAACCUGGUCCUACCAAAGUCUGAUCUCUACCAGCUCUUCGGUGGUAGAAUCCCACAAGUCCCUCAGUGCUCCAGAUACAAACGUGAGCCCAUUUUCCUCUGAGACCUCUCUCUCUACUGACGCCAGUACCAGCUUCAGGAUAAGUCCUCCUGGAACGUCCAGCGCAAACUCAUACACGGCACUCACCCACACCCUACUCCCAAGCAUAGCUGCAAUCAAAGCUUUCAUGACUUUGGAGUCAAAGUCUGGGACCCGAGAGACAUCGGCUCGGGCAGAGACGCAAGACCUCCUUUUAGAGGUUACAGCGAAUGGGAGCAGCCCUCCGAGGGUUCCCUCUCCUACUCCCGCCACCCUGCUUACAACAAUUGGUGACAAGCAAGGUCCCAGUACUCACAGUGCAGAGCUGCCUUCAACAGAAGGUCCCAGAUCUCCAGUCAGUGAGCCCCUGCUGCCCACCACGCCAGACACAGGGUUAUCGAGCAGAAGCCCAGAUGCCGUAGGUACGGGGCACGCAUCCCCUGCCAGUGGAGAGGACCCGGAGCCCACCAGCCUGCCUGUGGUUGCAUCCUCCAUGGGAACCUCCACCUUUAGGAGCCCAGCAGUGACCGAGCCUGUAGAGACAGCUCCUGGCUCAGCCUCUGCUCAGGCCUCCAGCUUCCCUGUGGGCUCUGCCUCGGGGAGCCCAGCCCUGGACACCACCCCAGCCUCCAUGUCUUCUCCGGUGACAGAGGACUCCAAAUCCUUGGAGACUUCUGCCACCGGGACCAUGGGCACUGACUCCCUGCCACAGGUUCCUACUUCGGGGAAGCCACAGGCGGUUCCAGGCUCCAGCACUCCCUUCCCCUCCGGCUCCCAAGGGACAGUUUCUUCCCUUUUCCCCACGGCCAGCCCCAGUGCAGACACCACAGCAGCAAGGGAGCCUGACAGCACGGAGCCUGCAGACAGUCCCCCAGGGAGCUCCUUCCCUCCAGAGUUCUCGGCUUCAGGGCAAACUAGCAGCCACACUCUUUCCCCAGCUCCUUCUCACCCAGGCUUCCAUAGCCAAGUCCCAGAGAUGGUCCCCACAUCCAUCCCAAUGCACACGGAGACUUGGAGCACGGCAGGGAAGCCAGAAAGUGAGACGGGCCCUGGGGCCAUUUCAUCUGGGCCACCCUCCACUGGACUGAGUCAGUCGUCCUCCCCUGAAGCAGGAGGAGCAGCCACAGACACAACAUCCAUGGCAGGGAGCACAGGGACCUUGUUGUUGUCCAUCAGUGUCCCUGUAUCCACAGCGAGUUCGGGAACUCCCAUCCCUACUAGAAUGCCCAGCCCUUCCACGGGGAGCCUGGAGACCUCCUGGCCUGAGACAAGAACCUCCCCUUUCUCUCCCAAUGUUGGCCAUGGCACGGGCUCUGCCAGCACCCGGCUCCUCCCGUCGGCAUCCCUGGCCACUGGGAUACCUGUUGGUAUGACUGGGCAGCCGUCUUUGGGGACCCCCAUGCCCGAGGGGGGGGCCAGCGCUGCAGCUUCUCUUGCAACCUUCCCGCCCAGUGGGGGCACACAGAGAAGCACCGGCUGGGAGUCCAGCCCCUUCCUCCUGCAUGAGCCCAGUCCCACAGGCUCUGAGACCACGAGGGACGUCUCUGGCUCCCGGCUUCCUGCACAGACUUCCACACUGAGACACGUCCCAGGUCCCACCGCGGGGCCCAGCACUGACACACCGGAUCUUCCCCCCUGGGACCACAGCUCCAGUGUGCCAGUGACCAUUGGUGGGGCUGAGACCCCCGCCGGGCUGGGGCCAAGGACCGCAGCUGGAGCCUCUGCCUCUAGUGACCCUCUUGCUCAUCCUGGGGAAGGUGCAACGGUCUCAUGGUUUUCUAGCCCAGCUGAGGCCGCCAUGGGUGUGCUAAGCACCAGCCUGGAUUGGCUCCGGAUUCCCACAGUAGUCACCCCUGAAGCCCCCUCUGAGUCCAGCACUUUGGGGGAUGGUGGGAGUUCUGCUGUCCCUGGUACUGAAAGGACAAAGCUGACUCCCAGCAGUCAGAGCACAGUCAGAAGGGCCACCCCUCCUGCCUCAGCUUCAUCCGUGGAGAUCCCAACCCGGGAAGGAGGGGCCGGGGCAGCUGCCUCAGUGACUGCCUCCCUGUCUGUAGAUUCCACUCCCUCAGGCCCUGGUAAUGGAGCCCCAGGUUCUGCCUCCUUGGCCAUUAGCUCCCCAGGGGAUGGGAGUAGAACCUAUGAGCUGUCAGCCACAGCCUCAGAGACCACCUCUCUUCAUUCCCUGACCACGUCACCAGUGGAAGGUUCCACCAGGGAAGUCCCAGCUACUGUGACAAGAGAGGGCACUGAAAGGAGACUCAGUCAAGAGCCCCCUACUAGCCCAGAAGUCAUCCCAGUCUCCUCUAGGGACACAGCUCCCACAGCGACAAUCCAUCUUCUGCAGGAGGUAUCCCUUGGGCCAAGUACAGAAGGUCUGCCUGUCACUGACCUGCCAACAAUGACUGAGACCACAUCCCCAUCGGCCCCUGGGCUGGCUGCAGAAGCCAGCUCAGCUUCUCCUCUUGCUCCGGUCACACGGCUCAGCCCUUCUGCCACAUCCCCCAAGUCCACAGCAGAGACCCGUGGAGCAUCUUGGGCCAGGACUGUUUCUUUGCGUCCCACCCACUUCAUGACAGAGACCUCAAGGUCUGGGUUGCCCACCCACGCAGACAGGGCUGUGUCCACCUUCUCAGAGAAUGUCAGCGAGGAAACAGCUUCUAUUUCAGCUGCUCCUUUGGUCACAGCAACAGGGUCCCUGGGGUCUACAGAGCAGGAGUCCAGCCCCACGCGAUCAGGCCUGUCCACCACUGAGUGGAAUGGUUCCAGUCUCAGCCCUCCUCUGACCAGCGUUUCCAUCAUCUCAGUUCCUAGCUCACAGUCCCCUUCCUCUGGCUCUGGGAGCAGCCCCCCAACGCCACCAGACACCAGCUUUGCCAAUGCCCUGGACAGCAACUCAUCCCCAGGGACCAGUCUUGUGUCUGUCCAGUCCUCAGAGGCUGCAGCAACUACUUCCGGGCUGUCACACUCCUACCCAGGCUCCUCGGCUGAGUUCAUGCCCUCCUCCACUUCUUGGACCAAGAGCUCUGCACCUGGGAUGGCCACAUCCUCUGGGUCCCCUGUGACCUUUCCCAUCACCACUGGGUCAGAGACGAACAUCAAAGGGAGAACAGCAGGGCCAUUCACACCAUAUUUAGAAAAUACGGAGCCUCUGUGGACAACUGUCUCUUCGCACUCAGGGAUCAGUCUCCCGGUGGACGUCUCUUCCCCAUCGGGAAUGGAUGAGAGCCUAAGUCCCAGCACCCAGAGUGCAGAUCUACCCUCACCUGCACGUCCCAGAUCUCCUGCUAGCGAGCCUAUGGUGCCGACCAUGCCAGCCACUGUUGCAGGAAUGGGUGAGAGCCUAAGUCCCAGCACCCAGAGUGCAGAUCUACCCUCACCUACACGUCCCAGAUCUCCUGCUAGCGAACCCAUGGUGCCGACCAUGCCAGUCACUGUUGCAGGAAUGGGUGAGAGCCUAAGUCCCAGCACCCAGAGUGCAGAUCUACCCUCACCUGCACGUCCCAGAUCUCCUGCUAGCGAGCCCAUGGUGCCGACCAUGCCAGCCACUGUUGCAGGAAUUGAUGAGAGCCUAAGUCCCAACACCCAGAGUGCAGAUCUACCCUCAUCUGAACCUCCCAGAUCUCCUGCUAGCGAGCCCAUGGUGCCGACCCCGCCAGCCACUGUUGCAGACACAGGGUUAUCGAGCAGAAGCCCAGAUGCCGUAGGUACGGGGCACGCAUCCCCUGCCAGCGGAGAGGACCCGGAGCCCACCAGCCUGCCUGUGGUUGCAUCCUCCAUGGGAACCUCCACCUUUAGGAGCCCAGCAGUGACCGAGCCUGUAGAGACAGCUCCUGGCUCAGCCUCUGCUCAGGCCUCCAGCUUCUCUGUGGGCUCUGCCUCAGGGAGCCCAGCCCUGGACACCACCCCAGCCUCCAUGUCUUCUCCGGUGACAGAGGACCCCAAAUCCUUGGAGACUUCUGCCACUGGGACAAUGGGCACUGACUCCCGGCCAAAGGCUCCUACCCCAGGGAAGCCGCAGGUGGUUCCAGGCUCCAGCACUCCCCUCCCCUCCGGCUCCCAAGGGACAGUUUCCUCCCUUUCCCCCAUGGCCAGCUCCAGUGCAGACACCACAGCAGCAAGGGAGUCUGACAGCACGGAGCCUGCAGACAGUCCCCCAGGGAGCUCCUUCCCUCCGGAGUUCUCGGCUUCAGGGCAAACUAGCAGCCACACUCUUUCCCCAGCUCCUUCUCACCCAGGCUUCCAUAGCCAAGUCCCAGAGAUGGUCCCCACAGCCAUCCCAAUGCACACGGGGACUUGGAGCACAGCAGGGAGGCCGGAAAGUGAGACGGGCCCUGGAGCCAUUUCAUCUGGGCCACCCUCCACUGGCCUGAGUCAGUCGUCCUCCCCUGAGGCAGGAGGAGCAGCCACAGGCACGGCCUCCAUGGCAGGGAGCACAGGGACCUCGUUAUUGUCCAUCAGUGUCCCUGUAUCCACAGCGAGUUCGGGAACUCCCAUCCCUACUAGAAUGCCCAGCCCUUCCACGGGGAGCCUGGAGACCUCCUGGCCUGAGACAAGGACCUCCCCUUUCUCUCCUGGUGUGGUCCACAAGGGCCACAGCAUGGGUUCUGCCAGCACCUGGCUCCUCCCGUCGGCAUCCCUGGCCACUGGGAUACCUGUUGGUACGACUGGGCAGCCGUCUUUGGGGACCCCCAUGCCCAAGGGGGGGGCCAGCGCUGCAGCUUCUCUUGCAACCUUCCCGCCCAGUGGGGGCACACAGAGAAGCACCGGCGGGGAGUCCACCCCCUUCCUCCUGCAUCAGCCCAGUCCCACAGGCUCUGAGACCACGAGGGACGUCUCCGAAUCUCGGCUUCCUGCACAGACUUCCACACUGAGACACGUCCCAGGUCCCACCGCGGGGCCCAGCACUGACACACCGGAUCUUCCCCCCUGGGACCACAGCUCCAGUGUGCCAGUGACCAUUGGUGGGGCUGAGACCCCCUCCGGGCUGGGGCCAAGGACCACAGGUGGAGCUUCUGCCUCUAGUGACCCUCUUGCUCAUCCUGGGGAAGGUGCAACUGUCUCAUGGUUUUCUAGCCCAGCUGAAGCCGCCAUGGGUGUGCUAAGCACCAGCCUGGAUUGGCUCCGGAUUCCCACAGUAGUCACCCCUGAAGCCCCCUCUGAGUCCAGCACCCUGGGGGAUGGUGGGAGUUCUGCUGUCCCUGGUACUGAAAGGACAAAGCUGACUCCCAGCAGUCAGAGCACAGUCAGAAGGGCCACCCCUCCUGCCUCAGCUUCAUCCAUGGAGAUCCCAACCCGGGAAGGAGGGGCCGGGGCAGCUGCCUCAGUGACUGCCUCCCUGCCUGUAGAUUCCACUCCCUCAGGCCCUGGUAAUGGAGCCCCAGGUUCUGCCUCAUUGGCCAUUAGCUCCCCAGGGGAUGGGAGUAGAACCUAUGAGCUGUCAGCCACAGCCUCAGAGACCACCUCCCUUCAUUCCUUGACCACAUCAUCAGUGGAAGGUUCCACUAGGGAAGUCCCAGCUACUGUGAGAAGAGAAGGCACCAAAGGGGGACUCAGUCAAGAGCCCCCUACUAGCCCAGAAGACAUCCCAGUCUCCUCUAGGGACACAGCUCCCACAGGGACAAGCCCCCUUCUGCAGGAGGUAUCCCUUGGGCCAAGUACAGAAGCUCUGCCUGUCACUGACCUGCCAACAAUGACUGAGACCACAUCCCCAUCGGCCCCUGGGCCGGCUGCAGAAGCCAGCUCAGCUUCUCCUCUUGCUCCGGUCACACGGCUCAGCCCUUCUGCCACAUCCCCCAAGUCCACAGCAGAGACCUUUGGAGCAUCUUGGGCUGGGACCGUUUCUUUGGGCCCCACCAACUUCAUGACAGAGACCUCACGGUCUGGGCUGGCCACCUACAAAGACAGGGUUGUAGCCACCUUCUCCGAGAAGAUCAGUGGUGAAACAGCUUCCGUUUCAGCUUCUCCUUUUGUCACAGCAACAGGGUCCCUGGGGUCUACAGAGCAGGAGUCCAGCCCCACGCGAUCAGGCUUGUCCACCACUGAGGAGUGGAAUGGUUCCAGUCUCAGCCCUCCUCUGACCCGCGUUUCCAUCACCUCAGCUCCUAGCUCACAGUCCCCUUCCUCUGGCUCUGGGAGCAGCCCCCCAAUGCCACCAGACACCAGCUUUGCCAAUGCCCUGGAGAGCACCUCGUCCCCAGGGACCAGUCUUGUGUCUGUCCAGUCCUCAGAGGCCGCAGCGACUACUUCCGGGCUGUCACACUCCUACCCAGGCUCCUCGGCUGAGUUCAUGCCCCCCUCCACUGCUUGGACCAAGAGCUCUGCACCUGGGAUGGCCACAUCUUCCAGGUCCCCUGUGACCUUUCCCUUCACCACUGGGUCAGAGACAAACUCCAAAGGGAGAACAGCAGGGCCAUUCACACCAUAUUUAGGAAAUACGGAGCCUCUGUGGACAACUGUCUCUUCGCACUCAGGGAUCAGUCUCCCGGUGGACGUCUCUUCCCCAUCGGGAAUGGGUGAGAGCCUAAGUCCCAGCACCCAGAGUGCAGAUCUACCCUCACCUGCACGUCCCAGAUCUCCUGCUAACGAGCCCAUGGUGCCGACCAUGCCAGUCACUGUUGCAGACACAGGGUUAUCGAGCAGAAGCCCAGAUGCCAUAGGUACGGGGCACGCAUCCCCUGUCAGCGGAGAGGACCCGGAGCCCACCAGCCUGCCUGUGGUUGCAUCCUCCAUGGGAAUCUCCACCUUUAGGAGCCCAGCAGUGACCGAGCCUGUAGAGACAGCUCCUGGCUCAGCCUCUGCUCAGGCCUCCAGCUUCCCUGUGGGCUCUGCCUCAGAGAGUCCAGCCCUGGACACCACCAAGGCCUCCAUGUCCUCUCCAGGGACAGAGGACCCCAAAUCCUUGGAGACUUCUGCCAACGGGACGAUGGGCACUGGCUUCCGGCCACAGGCUCCUACCCCAGGGAAGCCACAUGCGGUUCCAGGCUCCAGCACUCCCCUUCCCUCCGGCUCCCAAGGGACAGUUUCCUCCCUUUCCCCCAUGGCCAGCCCCAGUGCAGACACCACAGCAGCAAGGGAGUCUGACAGCAUGGAGCCUGCAGACAGUCCCCCAGGGAGCUCCUUCCCUCCGGAGUUCUCGACUUCAGGGCAAACUAGCAGCCACACUCUUUCCCUAGCUCCUUCUCAAGCAGGCUUCCAUAGCCAAGUCCCAGAGAUGGUCCCCACAGCCAUCCCAAUGCACACGGGGACUUGGAGCACAGCAGGGAGGCCGGAAAGUGAGAUGAGGCCUGGAGCCAUUUCAUCUCGGCCGCCCUCCACUGGCCUGAGUCAGUCGUCUUCCCCUGAGGCAGGAGGAGCAGCCACGGACACAACAUCCAUGGCAGGGAGCACAGGGACCUCGUUAUUGUCCAUCAGUGUCCCUGUAUCCACAGCGAGUUCAGGAACUCCCAUCCCUACUAGAAUGCCCAGCCCUUCCACGGGGAGCCUGGAGACCUGGUCUGAGACAAGGACCUCCCUUUUCUCUCCUGGUGGGGUCCACACAGGCCGCAGCACGGGCUCUGCCAGCACCCUGGGGGAAGGAGGGAGUUCUGCUGUCCCUGGUACUGAAAGGACAAAGCUGACUCCCAGCAGCCAGAGCACAGUCAGAAGGGCCACCCCUCCUGCCUCAGCUUCAUCAGUGGAGAUCCCAACCCGGGAAGGAGGGGCCGGGGCAGCUGCCUCAGUGACUGCCUCCCUGCCUGUAGGUUCCACUCCCUCAGGCCCUGGGAGUGGAGCCCCAGGUUCUGCCUCCUUGGCCGUUACCUCCCCAGGGGAGGGGAGUAGAGCCCAUGAGCUGUCAGCCACAGCCUCAGAGACCACCUCCCUUCAUUCCCUGACCAUGUCACCAGUGGAAGGUUCCUCCAGGGAGAUCCCAGCUACUGUGACAAGAGAGGGCACUGAAGGGACAUUGAGUCAAGAGCUCCCUACCAGCCCAGGAGACAUCCCAGUCUCCUCUAGGGACACAGCUCCCACAGGGACAAGCCCCCUUCUGCAGGAGGUAUCCCUUGGGCCAAGUACAGAAGCUCUGCCUAUCACUGACCUGCCAACAAUGACUGAGACCACAUCCCCAUCGGCCCCUGGGCCAGCUGCAGAAGCCAGCUCAGCUUCUCCUCUUGCUCCGGUCACACGGCUCAGCCCUUCUGCCACAUCCCCCAAGUCCACAGCAGAGACCUUUGGAGCAUCUUGGGCUGGGACCGUUUCUUUGGGCCCCACCAACUUCAUGACAGAGACCUCAAGGUCUGGGCUGGCCACCUACAAAGACAGGGUUGUAGCCACCUUCUCCGAGAAAAUCAGUGGUGAAACAGCUUCCGUUUCAGCUUCUCCUUUUGUCACAGCAACAGGGUCCCUGGGGUCUACAGAGCAGGAGUCCAGCCCCACGCGAUCAGGCCUGUCCACCAUUGAGGAUUGGAAUGGUUCCAGUCUCAGCCCUCCUCUGACCAGCAUUUCCAUCACCUCAGUUCCUAGCUCACAGUCCCCUUCCUCUGGCUCUUGGAGCAGCCCCCCAAUGGCACCAGACACCAGCUUUUCCGAUGCCCCAGACAGCACCUCGUCCCCAGGAGCCACCCUUGUCUCUGUCCAGUCCUUAGGGCCUGCUGUGACUACUCCUGGGCCGUCAAACUCAAGCCCAGGCUCCUCGGCUGAGUUCAUGCCCUCCUCCACUGCUUGGACCAAGAGCUCUGCACCAGGCAUGGUCACAUCCUCCAGGUCUCCUGUGACCUUUUCCAUCUCAAUGGGCUCAGAGAAGAACAUGAAAGGGAGAACAGCAGGGCUAUUCACACCAUAUCUAGGAGAUACGGUUUCCCUGUGGACAACUGUCUCUUCGCAGUCAGGGACCAGUCUCCCAGUGGAUGUCUCUUCCCCUUUGGGAAUGGGUGAGAGCCUAAGAUUCAGCACCCAGAGUGCAGAUCUACCCUCAUCUACAGGUCCCAGAUCUCCUGCUAGUGAGCCCAUGGUGCCGACCACGCCAGUCACUGUUGCAGAUACUGAUGCUAGUGUGGCACCUGUCAGCCAUAUCCCAGACCAGAAGACAUCUGAAGGCCCAUGGGCAUCGACACGUGAUUCACAGGCACCCAUAUCUACUGUCAGUCCCACGGGCAAAGAGCCUGAUGUGAUACCCAUCACACAAAUCCCAGACCAAGGAGCAACAGAAGGCCUUGCAGCACUGACAAGUAGUCCUCCAGCACUCAUAGACACCCUUAGUACUACAGGUAGUGAGGUUGCUAUAGUGCCUGUCACACAUAUCCCAGAUCAUGAAGCACCAGGAGAAAAGGAAGUACUGACCACCAGUGGCCCUCUGGUACCUGAAUCUACUGUAGGCCCUGUGGAUGCUGAAACAGAAACAUUCACCGUGGAGACUAUGCCAGCUACAACAACUGCUCAGCCCUCCCUUCUUCUCACUAUGGCCACUGUAAAAGGUGACCACAGCCCUGCGACACACAGGACAACCAUGCACUCUCCCACAGAAGCUUCAACUCCGUCUGAGACAUCUCUUGGAGUGACCAUGGGGGUGGGAAGCCCCACAGUUUCCAUGACUCCGGCAGAACUGACAGCCAGCACAGUCUCUGAUGGUCCCUUAAAGGUCAACCCAACUGAGAAGAUUUCUUCUACAUCCCUUUUGGACACACUUGUAUCAGAAAGAUCUCCUAGAGAGAGUCACAGUACCACUCUGACUCCAUGGCCCACUGCAGUUGACUCCAUCCAUAUCACUGCCUCACCCCCAGGAAUGGAAAUCAGCUCCAUGUUGCCUCUAUCUUCAAUUCCUGCAGCUGCCAGUGAUAAAGAAACCACGCCAAGCCUAGAUUUGCCCAUGAAGCAUACUCCCUCAGAGCAACAGGAUGUUCAGACUGUAACGGAGCAAGGGUCAGCUGCCCUGUCCUCCACUGUUUCCAGCAUCAUUCCAACAUCUGUUGGAGGGGACACAAGCAUUUUCUUGGUGUCUACAGAAGGUCCAAGAGAGGAUAAAACAGUUUCUAGCACUUUGCCAGACACUCCUGGAAUCACUCAGACAGAGCAGAUUCAUUCUACAAGCCGAGGAGGGCCUGACAGAAGCUUCACCUCUUCUCUGGCCCCUCUAAGUGAAGGAGGCAGCUAUGCUAGGACUGUCCCCUCGCCCUCUGUAGAAGGCAUGACAAGCCCGGCUGAACCUAUCUUGGAGUUCACAGAGCCCACACUUCCAGAGGAGGGCACUCCCUCUGUUGCACCAGUGACUGAAUUCAGCACCACGGACAGUGGAAAGUUACAGAGUAGUUUGGACUCCACCAGCACCCCAGUGUGGGAGACUAGUAGACCAGGCAGCACUGAAGCUUCAGAUACCAGCACACUCAGCCCAGGGAAGUUUCAUCCUGCUGAGAGUACAGCUAACCUCAUGCCAAGUCCUAUGGGAGGGUCCAGCCCAGAACCAGCUGUCUACACCACUCUAUCCCAUACUUCAGAUAUUACUACAGAGACCAAGCUUAGAGGAGAGACAGACUUGUCCUCGAUAUUAACCACACCAGCAUCUGCUGUCUCCAUCAUCACUAUCUCGGAGGCUCUGCCUGGAAUAAGAACAGGGGUUCCCUGGUCCUUGACCUCAGCUGAAAACACAGAUAUCACCACAGAUAUCACCAUGAUUGGUAAAGAUACUAUGUCUACUUUGCCACAGACCUUUUCUCCUCCAUCUCCAGACAUCUUAUCUGAGGUUACUUACAAGGCUGAGGACAUGAGCUCCAAUGUUCCCAGGACUGAAAGCAUAAAGGUCACAGACAUGACCUCUCUUUAUCCUAAAGAUACUACCAACCAACAAUUUUUGGGGACAGUGGAGGAGAGUAGCACAAGUGUUUCACUGAUCACUUCUUCACUUGGACCUCCUGUGUCCUCAGCCUCUAUUAUGGGAGAAGUAACAAAUAUGUCAGGUACCACUACUGACUCAAUGCAAGUGACUACCACACAUGGAAUCCCAAAUAGAGACUCAGAGAGGACCUCAAGUCUCCCAUUGGCCACAGAGGACACAGACAAUACUUCUACAGCCAAGAUGCCUGGCAACAUCUCUGUGCUCCCUACAGAGCACAGCACAGAAGAUCAAAUGAGUUCAGCCCUGCUUCCUACCACCAGUCCCAGUUCCAUGGCUCUCUCUGUUCCAAGAACAGUUUCCCCCUCAUCUACCACAGCUGAAACCAGGACUCUCACCAUCACUGGAACAGAUAGCAUCUCUUCUUCAACUCCUAUAACCUCAUCUGGAGUUACUCCCUUCACUGAGAACAUGAGCUCAACUGCCUCCAGGACUGAUGCCACAAGUCUCAUCUUUAGCACUAAAAUCACAGACAUUGUCCCUUUCUCCCCUAUGGUCACUUUCAGACCUGAACUCCCAAGUAUGGUACCAGAGAAAAGUACAAAUUCCCCACUGACCACAAUUUCUAUUAAAGUUCCAGUGUUCUCAGAUACUAAUCCUGUAGGCUCAUUGGUCACCUCUGUUGGCUCAACUCCCUUGGAGACUACUCAUGGUGUUCCACAUGCAGACUUAGAGAAAACCUCUGAGCUUCUUCUGACUUCCUUAACCACAGAGACUACAGAAAGUACUAUUACAAGCAGAGCAACAGAAGGCAUCACCUCAGCUUCUCCAGAGUUCAACACAGGAGCUGAAAUGAGCUCAGCCAUUCCUUCUACCACAAGUCCAGCAGAGAUUACAAAAAUUUCUGAGGCCAUGACAUCCAGAGAUAUAAGCCCUUCUUCCAUGUCACCAGGGGUGCCUACAGUGACUCCUGUCCAUAUUGGAUCAGAUUCAAGUCUGGCUUCCGUGACCCAGGAUAAGCUAUCCAAAACUCAAAGUCAAUCAAUCCUUACCAAAGUCCCACAGGAGAGUGACACAGAAUUCCCUUGGUCUUCUACUGCAACUGAGGCCACUAAAUCAGUGACCAUAACAGAUUCCACUCCAAUCUCAGAGUUUCAGGAGAGCCAGGCUUCCAAGCAUGGCACUAUCCCAGGAACAGAGGCCAGUAGGAACUAUCCCACUUUAUCUCCUUCAGAAAGCCCCAUGACACAUGAUACUAGUCCUGAGAGGGCAACAAGCACUGAUCAAGCACUGUCCACUUUGCCAGCUGAGAAAUUACCUGAAACAGGUACCAGCUCGGCUACUUUUGUUUCCAAAAUGCUUUCUGAUGUCACUUCUUCAGAACCAUGGACAAGUACUGAAGGGUUUGAAAGUCAAAGCAUGUCUAUCCUGGAGAUGGAAACUGUCCUAGCAAUUAGUACAGACCCUGCUAUGACUUUUAUCUCCCCACUGUCAAAGACCACAACUCCUGUCAGCAUGGAUAUGGAAACUAAUUUACCUUCUUGGGCAGCCAGCCCCUCCUCAAAAGUAGAAACAACUUCCAGUCUGGUUGAUAUCACUGUGGAAGAAACCUCCCAAGGAAGAGGAACUCAUAGUCCCAUCCAUGAAUCUCCAAGUUCAAGUCCGGGCCCUUCUUCUGCCUUAACUACUCCUGAGACUUGGACAAUAACAGGUGCCCUUGAAAAUACUUCCCCGUUGGAGGACUCAGAGUCAGCUGGCCUUACUACAGAGUCUAUGAGGAGCUCAGGGGAGACACCAACUCUAGAUGUCAGUCUGCCUCCAUCCAGAACACAGGAAAUCUUGAUAGCAUCUCCAAGCCCAACCUCCAUGGCCACAGAAAUCAGCAGUUCCAGAGCAGAGACGGCCUCUGUUUCUGCUCAAGUACCUUCCACUUCCACCCUGUUCACAAGUGGUGAUGCUGGUGUUGUGCCGGUCACACAUGCCUCAGGCCAUGGAGUACCAGGAAGCAUAGCAGCACUGACCAGAGGUCCUCUGAUACCUAGGUCUACUCUUAUUCCCACAGGCAAGUAG